AUGGAACCACCGCGCAAGAGAGCCACUAGCCGGGCAAAAGUGGCUAGACAUUGGAGAUGGGCUAAAACCCAGAUUGAUUCCUCUGAGUCGGAUAUCAGUGAAGAUGAGGAGAGUGCUCUAGACUCGGAGUCGGACCAUUCUGAUAAGUUAUCUGACCUUGAGUUGGAUUAUAAAUUUGAGGAGGAUAAUACCACCCCUCAUAGCAUAAAUGCCACUGAUAACUCUGGCACAGAGUUAUCUCAGCCAGCAAUAUCCAGCAAUAUCCAAGAAGG